AUGCCAGUGCCUAAAAACGAAGCUGCAUGGCUCGUCAAAGCCGGUUCUCCCCUGGAGUUGGGAGAUGCCCCGUUCCCCACAGCUGGCCCGGGUGAACUAGUCAUUAGAAAUGCUGCCAUCGCCAUCAACCCUCUCGACUGCCAUAUGCAAGACUCCGGUGUCUUUGUUCAGCAAUGGCCUGCUAUUUUCGGCUGCGAUAUCGCCGGUGAAGUGUAUGAAGUAGGAAAAAAUGUGGAAAGAUUCAAGGGAGGAGACCGUGUUAUUGGGCAUGCCAUCAAUCUGACUAGUGGCCGCCCUCAGGAUGGCGCAUUCGCUCUGUAUACGGUAAUUCCUGCUGAUAAAGCGGCCAUACUCCCUGAUGAGAUCUCCUUCACGGAUGGUGUCGUCGUGCCGUUCGCAUUGGAGGCGGCUGUUUGCGCGCUUUCCCUCGAGGAGCCUGGCGUCGCCAUGCCCGGUGUUGCUUCACCAGCCCUGGGCCUUCCGUACCCCUCGCUGCAUGACGUGACAUCCUCAGGCAAGACACUUGUCGUUUACGGUGGCUCAUCUUCUGUCGGCUCGAUGACGAUCCAGAUUGCCACGGCCGCCGGAAUCCACGUUAUCGCUAUUUCCGGUGCGCACAAUUUUGACUUCAGCAAGCGAUGCGGAGCAGCUCGAGUCUUCGAUCACAAGGAUACUUCGCUUGCGGGGAAGGUUAUCGAAGCAGUUCGAGAGAAAGGCAGCGAGUUCAUUGGCAUCUUCGAUGCCAUAGCUACCCCUGAGACUUACGCCAACGACAUCACUAUUCUUGAGCAGCUGGACGGAGGACACCUCGCUUGCGUGCAUCCUCCUCCUCUCACUACUGAUCUCCCUGCAAAUGUCAACGCUGGUAUGAUCUUUGCUGUCAACGAUGUUGUGACACCUGUCUGGAAAGAUUAUGUUACGCCUGCGUUGCAAUCCGGGAAGCUCCAGUGCCUCCCACCCCCAUUCAUCGUCGGCAAAGGGCUGGAGCAUAUUCAAUCUGCAUUAGAAAAGUCCAAGGCGGGUAUCAGUGCCACGAAGCUGGUUGUCGAACUGUAG